AUGAAUACCGACUACCACGACAACACUAUUGAUGAGAACGACCACGUCGAACCACUGGCUGCUGCAGGGACCUCCUCGACAGGUGUCCCACCACUCACGGAUUUUGGCCUCCCAACCCAAGGACGUGUCUUGUCAGCUGUCGUCUCUAGAGCUGAUCUGACGGGGCUCGACCGACGGCGACGAAGCAAACGACGGCCCAUAAGACGAUCGGCAUCGGCCGUCGAAAUGUACGGUCACAGCAAAGUGUCUUUGGUGGACUUGCUGAGGGCGAGUGAUGAACCACAAGGUGACCGGAGCACCACGAGUGGUCACCGGUGGACAAAAUUACUCUGCCUGUUGAGGAAUCCGUUCCGUUUGUGUUGUCCAAGAGAGGAGCCCUCGUCGCCAGACUGCCACUCGCCAACAGAGGAAAAUAUGGCUGAAACCACUCCAUCACAUCGUCUUGACAUCGUGUGA